GAAUCGCGCACAGCGCUGCAGAUCCCACAGCUCCGACAUGCGGGCCGAAUGCAGGUGAGGAAAGGCACGGACUCUGCGGCUGCUAACCCAAACUUGGGCACCGCGCGGGCGCACGGUUCAACCCUCGCCCCCGCGGGCGAACGGCUUCUGCGGUUUCAGGCGGCGGCUUCGUGACUAAUGACCUUGCGCAGAGUUGUUAAGAAAAAAGAGAAACCCGAGCUCUCAGAGGGUGAGAAGCGACUGACUCCGGGUGUCUCUGAAGAUGGCUCUGGCUGCUCUUUGGCGCGCCGGGGGAAUCCGGACGCGGACCGCGCUGUGACGCGAGUAGUCUUCACUGCACCGUGCCCGAAGCGACCUGCUGGGGAUUUUUUCAUUCUGUUGACUGGCUUCUCCGCUGCCUGAGAGGAGUCAGAGUUGAGACUGGCUUGUUGCUGGCCCCGGAGCCUCCUGCAGGAAGCGACUCACGUUUGCUUGGGCAUCCAUAGCCAGAGCAGGGGCUGGGUCUAGAGUGAGUGGCUGAACGUGAAUUGGACUCAACUCGAGUAGCAGCAAAGACUAGCGUGGCUGGCAGGCGGGGGAGGCUGUAUGCUUGCUACCCGCGGCUUCCCGGUUCCACCGCCCGCCUGCUGAAGCGAUUCUGGCCCCUUCCGACAGAGCGGGGAACCGAGCCGGGGAUCCUCCUCCCGCUGCGGGGAUGACUCUGGGGGGGGGGGGGCGCCCAACCCGCGGCGCGCAAUGUCCCGUGAACUGUGAGUACUGCGACUGAACCGCGGCCGGCGAGCGGGCGAUUAGCACCCAUUGCAUGAAUUAUGAAACAAUAACUUUCGGAAGAAGCAGGAGGAAGAAAAAGAAGGAUCUAUCGCUACCCCCACCCCAUAGGCCGACUCUACAAGCUGCUUUUGCCCCCUCCUUCCCCUUCCUCUCGUUCCUUCCUUUCCCGGAGAGGAGAGAGGACUGGGGGAGGGCAGGCGGUCAGCCCCGGAGGAGGGGGGCGCCGAGGGGGCUGUGGUUAGAAGGAACAGUAGCAGCAGCAGCAGGAGAAGAUGCUGAGGAUGCGGACGACGGGAUGGGCGCGCGGCUGGUGCUUGGGCUGCUGCCUCCUUCUGCCGCUCUGGCUCAGCCUGGCGGCGGCCAAGCAACUCCUCCGAUAUCGGCUGGCGGAGGAGGGCCCCGCCGACGUCCGGAUAGGCAAUGUCGCUUCGGACCUGGGCAUCGUGACCGGCUCGGGUGAGGUGACUUUCAGCCUUGAGUCGGGCUCCGAGUACCUGAAGAUCGACAACCUCACCGGUGAGCUGAGCACAAGCGAAAGGCGCAUCGACCGCGAGAAGCUCCCCCAGUGUCAGAUGAUCUUCGACGAGAAUGAGUGCUUCCUGGACUUCGAGGUGUCGGUAAUAGGACCCUCGCAGAGCUGGGUGGACCUGUUUGAGGGUCGGGUCAUCGUGCUCGACAUCAACGACAACACGCCCACCUUCCCGUCUCCGGUGCUCACGCUCACGGUGGAGGAGAAUCGGCCUGUGGGCACGCUGUACCUGCUGCCAACCGCCACCGACCGUGACUUUGGCCGCAACGGCAUCGAGCGCUACGAGCUGCUCCAGGAGCCCGGGGGCGGCGGCAGCGGUGGAGAGGGCCGGCGCUCUGGGCCAGCCGACAGCGCCCCCUACCCAGGGGGCGGCGGGAAUGGCGCGAGCGGCGGCGGCCCUGGAGGCUCCAAGCGGCGGCUGGACGCUCCAGAGGGCGGCGGCGGAACUAACCCUAGCAGCCGCAGCAGCGUGUUCGAGCUUCAGGUGGCUGACACCCCGGACGGCGAGAAGCAACCGCAACUGAUCGUGAAGGGGGCGCUGGACCGCGAGCAACGCGAUUCCUAUGAGCUGACCUUGCGGGUGCGCGACGGCGGCGACCCGCCUCGAUCUUCCCAGGCCAUCUUGAGGGUGCUCAUCACCGAUGUGAACGACAACAGCCCUCGCUUCGAGAAGAGCGUGUACGAGGCUGACCUGGCUGAGAACAGCGCCCCUGGGACCCCCAUUCUGCAGCUGCGCGCCGCCGACUUGGACGUGGGGGUCAAUGGACAGAUCGAGUACGUGUUUGGGGCGGCCACCGAGUCCGUGAGACGACUACUGCGCCUCGACGAGACGUCGGGAUGGCUCAGUGUCUUGCACCGUAUCGACCGCGAGGAAGUGAACCAGCUGCGAUUCACAGUCAUGGCCCGCGACCGUGGGCAGCCCCCCAAGACAGACAAGGCCACCGUGGUUCUCAACAUCAAGGAUGAAAACGACAACGUGCCGUCCAUUGAAAUCCGCAAGAUCGGGCGCAUCCCCCUUAAGGACGGGGUAGCCAACGUGGCAGAGGACGUUCUGGUCGACACCCCUAUUGCUCUGGUACAGGUGUCAGACAGAGACCAAGGGGAGAAUGGGGUAGUGACCUGCACAGUGGUGGGCGAUGUGCCCUUCCAGCUCAAGCCGGCCAGCGACACAGAGGGCGACCAGAACAAAAAAAAGUACUUCCUGCACACGUCGGCUCCUCUAGACUAUGAGACCACCAGGGAAUUCAACGUGGUCAUAGUUGCGGUGGACUCUGGCAGCCCAAGCCUUUCCAGCAACAAUUCCUUGGUGGUCAAGGUUGGAGACACCAAUGACAACCCACCGGUCUUUGGCCAGUCAGUGGUGGAGGUUUACUUCCCAGAAAACAACAUACCUGGCGAAAGGGUGGCUACUGUGCUGGCAACAGACGCUGACAGCGGAAAGAAUGCAGAGAUCGCCUACUCGCUGGAUUCAUCAGUGAUGGGGACCUUUGCCAUUGAUCCCGAUUCUGGGGACAUCCUGGUCAAUACGGUGCUGGACCGCGAGCAGACUGACAGGUAUGAGUUUAAAGUUAACGCCAAAGACAAAGGCAUCCCUGUGCUGCAGGGCAGCACCACGGUAAUUGUGCAGGUGGCUGAUAAGAAUGACAAUGACCCUAAGUUUAUGCAGGACGUCUUUACCUUUUAUGUGAAAGAAAACUUGCAACCCAACAGCCCGGUGGGAAUGGUCACCGUGAUGGAUGCUGACAAGGGACGGAAUGCAGAGAUGAGUCUGUACAUAGAGGAGAACAGUAACAUUUUUUCUAUUGAAAAUGACACAGGUACCAUUUACUCUACCAUGUCUUUUGAUCGGGAACAUCAGACCACAUACACUUUCAGAGUCAAGGCUGUGGAUGGGGGAGAUCCCCCCAGAUCUGCCACAGCCACAGUCUCUCUCUUUGUGAUGGAUGAAAAUGACAAUGCUCCCACAGUUACCCUUCCCAGAAACAUUUCCUACACUUUACUGCCACCUUCAAGUAAUGUCAGGACAGUAGUAGCUACAGUGUUGGCAACAGACAGUGAUGAUGGCAUCAAUGCAGACCUGAACUACAGCAUUGUGGGAGGGAAUCCCUUCAAGCUGUUUGAGAUUGAUCCCACCAGUGGUGUGGUUUCCUUGGUGGGAAAACUCACCCAAAAGCAUUAUGGUUUGCACAGGUUGGUGGUGCAAGUGAAUGACAGUGGGCAGCCUUCCCAGUCUACCACCACCCUGGUGCAUGUUUUUGUCAAUGAAAGUGUUUCAAAUGCAACUGUGAUUGACUCUCAGAUAGCCAGAAGUUUGCACACCCCACUGACCCAGGAUAUAGCUGGUGACCCAAGCUAUGAAAUUAGCAAACAGAGACUCAGUAUUGUCAUUGGGGUGGUUGCUGGCAUUAUGACAGUGAUUCUAAUAAUUUUAAUUGUCGUGAUGGCAAGGUACUGCAGGUCUAAAAAUAAAAAUGGCUAUGAAGCUGGCAAAAAAGAUCACGAAGAUUUUUUUACACCCCAACAGCAUGACAAAUCUAAAAAGCCUAAAAAGGACAAGAAAAACAAAAAAUCUAAGCAGCCUCUCUACAGCAGCAUUGUCACUGUAGAAGCUUCUAAACCAAAUGGACAGAGGUAUGAUAGUGUCAAUGAGAAGCUGUCAGACAGCCCAAGCAUGGGGCGAUACAGAUCUGUUAAUGGUGGGCCUGGCAGUCCUGACCUGGCAAGGCAUUACAAAUCUAGUUCCCCAUUACCCACUGUCCAGCUUCAUCCACAAUCACCAACUGCAGGAAAAAAACACCAGGCUGUACAAGAUCUACCACCAGCCAACACAUUUGUGGGAGCAGGAGACAACAUUUCAAUUGGAUCAGAUCACUGCUCUGAGUACAGCUGUCAAACCAAUAACAAGUACAGCAAACAGCCAUUUCGUAGAGUGACGUUUUCUGUUGUGAGUCAGCCUCAGGACCCACAUCAGGGGUCACUGCAGAGUUGCUAUGACAGCGGGCUGGAGGAGUCAGAAACACCAAGCAGUAAGAGUUCAUCAGGGCCAAGACUGGGUGCCCUUCCACUCCCAGAGGACAACUAUGAAAGGACCACGCCGGAUGGCAGUGUUGGUGAGGCAGAGCAUAUGGAAAAUGAUUCAAGGCCUCUUCCAGAUGUAGCCCUGACUGGAAAAUGCACUCGAGAGUGUGAUGAGUACGGCCACUCAGAUUCCUGCUGGAUGCCUGUCCGCACUUCUCCAGAGAGGAAGAAGAGCCAACCCAAACUCUCCACUUUCAUGCCGGUCGAUGAACGAGGGAGCCAGGAAAAACUGGCUAAUGGCGAGGCCGCCAUCAUGGGUGACCGCAACAGAAACCUCCUGAACAAAAAGUUGACCUCGUCCUAUGAGACCUUCAGUGCAGCCAGUUUCAGCAAAAAUGAGGAAGCCAACCCUGAGGAUAUUCCCCUGACAAAAACGGGGGAAUAUAAGCCAUCUCCUGUCAAUACUCUCACUAGAAGAGAAGUGUACCUGUAGGCUAUCAAGGAGCAACAGCAAAGUGCUUUUCAUGUAUGAGAAGGAGAAUGAGGGGCAAAAAACCUUACAAAGCAAAACCAUUUAAUCACAAAGAGGGGGCUACCAAAGAGUCAAAGCUUUGCCUGCCACUUCUGCCUCCAGAUCAGGCCUUUAGCGAUACCGUUAGCCUGAUUACAAUGUACAAUGUAGACUCCAUCCUUGUUACUUGCAUGUCUAACCCUCUCACUGGUCCCCAACACCCACUUUCUCUUCCCCACUCCCUUCCAAAAAGAAAAAAGAAAAAAAAAGAUGGUUGCAAGUUCCUUUCAUGGUAACAAGCCUGAUCAGCAGAACACAACACACUCUCAUUAUCCCUAAGCUGAAGCAUGAUUUUAGUCACUUUGAUUUUGUUCGAGUGUCAUCCGGCUAGUUAAAAAAAAGCAGAAGGUAAAUUAUAUUCGAAAUACCCUCAAAAUAUGGUUUAUCAAUAUCAAAGGCAAUCCUUUGAAAGUGAUAACAACCCUCUAAAGAUACAGUCCUCACAAAGGUGGACUCUCCUCAAAUGCAUUCCGGGAAGAUCACAGCUUUACCAUUCUAGCAAAGACUAAGAGCAAAACAACACUGAAGGGGGAUCGCAGUCCCAAACUGGCAUUAUGUUGUUAUUUUCAGGUCAAGAGCAUCAACUUCAGUUCCAUACAUUCACUCAAGAUUCUCAUAUAAUCUUGAUUACAUAUAUCAAUUACACUAAUUAUUACUUGUAAAAAAUAUUUUUUUUCAGAACAGGACCAUAAUUAUCAACUAACUUGAACAAUUUUGUCAUUAUGAGGCCAAAGAUCAUACGGCAGAUCAGGGAAAUCAUGAAGUUGAUUUAGUCUUGGCGUGGAAAUCCAUUAAACAACAAAAGCAACGGAACCCAUACACAAACAGAAAUACUCAAAUACUAGUUUAGUUUAUAUGUCUCUAUGCCCAGAAACCAUCUUACUUCUUUUAAAAUGGAUUUAUUUGAAAGCUCAGAAAAUGAGAGAUAUAUUUGUUACUGUAAUAGUCAACAUGUUGAGGUUCAAGUUUAAUUUCAGAUAGUAUUAUCAGGGAAGAUUGCACUUUUUAAAGUCAUAAUUAUGGGUAGUCAGGUAAAGAAAGAAAGAUACAUUGGUGUAUGGUCUAAGUAGUUAAGUCCACUGGUAUCCUUUUAGAAUCCCAGCUCUGCUUGCUGGUUUUAUUCACAUUUAAAACAACAAUUGCAUUUGCGUCUGUUCAGUAGUACUUGCAAAAUUAAGUGCACUAAUUUUGAAUUCUUCACAAUGUAGAAAUGUUUUAAGACUCACAGCAUUGAAAUACGGUGAGAAGUUAAUUGAUUUUGUCACUAAUGUGAUUUGACCAUUAUUUAAUAUAUAUCUUAAAUGAAUCUAUACUGAACAUGAAAGAAAUGAGUUCUGGACAGUGACAUUUCUCACAGUUUAUACAUCUUAAAGUUGGAAAACAUGGAGUUUUGUCAGUGCAAUACAAAGAAGCAGAAUAUGCACAUAUUUAGCCAUUUGCUGUACACAAGAUGAUAUAAAAACUUUAAAAUUGAGCUGGGACAUUCAAAUGAAAGUGACAAUCCAUGGACAGAAUAGGGGAUAACAGGUAAAGAGAGCAAAUGUUCUCAUCACUGAAUGUGUGUAACCUGGUUAAGGCAUAACUUUGAUGGCUCUCUAGGAAACUGUAGACAAAAAGUAGCUUUGAGUAGUUUCAUGCUUUGCAGAAUUUCUUAGACUACAAGGUGAAGAAGCAGCCUGGAAUAUAGGUUGAUAAUUCACCAUAGGUCAUCAAAAUACUUACUAGAAAACCACUUCUCUGUUUGGUGGGACACUCUUUUGGAAACAUUUCCUUAUGCUCUUUCUUAAAUGGAGUUUUCUUUUGAUGUUAGUUUGUGUAAAAUAGGUAGGAUGAAAAAUGAUAGGUAAUUGAAGCAAAAACAUUGGACUAAAAUAUCAGUAAUUGAACAUGUUUAUGUUUGAUUAUUAUUUACACUAUGGAAAGAUGCAAUUCUAGUACUUUGUUAGGAAACUGCAUUAAAGCAGUUCUGCCUUGUAUAAUCUGUAAGUACCUAUUAAGACAAAAUACUUCUAAAGAUACUUAUGAAAUGUAUACAUAUUUUUCUUGCACGUUACAAAGGAAAUAAUUGCAUAACACAGAUGUUCAGCGAACAUUUUUUAAUGUGUUUUUUUGUUUCUUUCUUUCACAAGACACUUGAAACCACUUAGGUAGCUCAUUUCACUCUAUCUUAAAACCCUUCUAUUGUCUAUGAAGCUAAUACGGGUCAUGCUGGACCUUCAAAUUAAUUGGCUCCACCUUUCCCAAUGAUGUUUGCACCACAUUCAGGACAGUCAUGUCAUUGUCAUUUAACUCGUGAACCUCUCUUUAGAACUAAAAUGGGUGUGAAAGAAUAAAAUUCAGUGUACUGUAAGUAUUCGCAGUAAUUCUAGUAGAAUUAGCUAUCAUAACAUGUUUAUUAUAUAAUGAGCUGGCAUGACACAGAAAUAUAUUUUGUGUUUGUAUGACUUUUAUUUUGAAUAGGUUAAAUCUGGUGCCACUCCAUAUAUAGAGUGCUUUUGGAAAAAAAAUCAAUAAAAAGAAACAAAAAAAAUAAAUACAUGAGUGAAUGCAAAAUAAGCAACUGUGCCUUUUAUACCUGUUGUUAUGGUAAAAAAACGGUUGUUGGGUUUGGACAAUGAGGGGAAAUGGGCUAUUCCCAACUUUUUGAUCCUGUAUAUUUAUCCAUGUUUAUUUUCUGAAAAUAAUAAAUAAUAUAUUAAAAAUUUGCCUUCUGACAAACUCAGAUAAUAGACCAGUCUUAAAUAUUGUUCAUUCAUAAAAUGAAAUUCAGGCAUUACUAUGGGCUGCAUAAACUCACUGGAAGAAAGCAUUUAUUUUACAAGUAACACAAAGACAUAUUAGCAGGGGUGAAAUCAGUCUAUUUUGUAAGAUAAAAUAUUGAUUUAGAAUUUUUAUUCUUUUUUCUGUUUGUUUUUUUUUUCAGCUGCUUCUUCAUUUGGUUGUACAGUAUAUAAACAAUACUUUUUUUUCCGUACACAAGAAUUUCAAGUGAACUUUUCUGCAUGCAUUACACAUUUGGACACAUUUAUUAAUUGAGUAACUAUAUAAAUUUAUGUGUAUUAAAACAUCUGUAGCACCAAUCUAAAAAUCUACUGCUCUUUCUGAUUCUCCAGACAUCAUUUCUGUACAUUUUUUGACUGGCCUGCUGCCUGAGUUUCAGAAAACAAGGGAGGCAUUAUUUUUAUGGGAGGAGGAACUAAGAUGGUACUAAGGACAUCUGUCUGAAAGGCUACCCUGGGAAGCUGUCUUAUAGGAAAAUAAAAUAACACACAGACCAGAAGAAACUGCCAAGAAUCCAACAGCCAUCCUAAAGCAGUUGUGAAAAAUCUGAAGACUUAAGUCACUUUAGGUAUAUUAUAUCAGCAAUCCAUAAUGUGUCCUUAAGAGAAAAAAAGAAAGGAAUGAAGCUUAUCAGGAAGAUAAUAAUACUUGAUAGUCAUGACCCAAGUGGAGGUUUAUAAAACAUCUGGAGGAGGCAUCAUUUUCUCAGCUACCUAGGGUUAUUUUCAGACAACUUUUCCUACAUUUUAAAGCACUUGCAUUCAGUGUGGUACGAUCUGUUUGUAAUGUUGAUCAUUGGCUAUUGUUCUGCUACUUGGAUGUUGAUAGUGAAGCAGAGAACAAUUUAUCAUCAUUUAUUAUGAGUCACUAUGCACGCAACUAUGCUAAACAUGACGAAAUGUAUUAAACACUCGUCCAACUAUUUAUGAACUCUUUACAUAAUUUAAUUUGCUUUUGUACAGUUUUAUGUAAAUAAAUUGCUUGUCAUUUUUGUCUCUGCAAAUUAAAAUAUAACAUGGUCAAAUGGUU